AUUUGGAACGUUUUUAUUUUUUUGGCAAACUCUGUGCGUAAAGUGGACUUGGAGGCUUAUAGUGUUUCGUUUCCUUUCCUACCCAUUUCAAUUGGCUCAAUUGUCAACCAAACUCCCCGAAAUGACCGAUUACAAGGCAUCCUCCUCAUCGUCGAAACACGGUUCAGUAUCUUCAUCAAUGCCAAGUUCAUUGUUGGUAGCAAAACCGGCAAAUUUACAAUGCAAAGAUUUCCAGGAAUACCUGCGAACUCGAAGUCCCGAUACAUUGGAAAAGCUUUAUAAUUAUCCCACAAUUUGUUUGGCUGUCUAUCGGGAGCUGCCGGAAAUUGCCAGGCAAUUUGUAAUACGUAUAUUGUUUGUGGAGCAACCGGUACCACAGGCCGUUGUUGCCUCAUGGGGUUCACAGUAUUAUGCCAAAGAACAGGCUUCGUCCACAAAUAUUUUGACAGAAUUGAAUGUUUGGCGCACCACCACAAUACCGGGAGGUUUGUCGGCCUGGGAGCUGUGUCCCACCUUUAAGAAGAAUUUAAAAAUAGCUUUACUGGGUGGUGGUAAACCCUGGUCUAUGUCUCAUACAUUGGAAAAGGAUUCCAAGCCACGAGAUAUAGCCUUUUUGGAUCAAUAUGCCAUGUCAAGAUGGCGUUGUGUAUUGCAUUAUAUGGUGGGCACGGGUGGUGCCAACAAGGGUCAAGGCAGCGAGGUGAUAAGCCCUGAUGCUGUGAGAAUUCUCCUGCAUGCCAAUCUAAUGAAACGUGAUGAGACUGGUAUAACCAUAACGCGGCAGGGUUUCCAAUUUCUUUUGUUGGACACCCAAUCCCAGGUUUGGCACUUUAUGCUCAUGUAUUUGGAUACAUGUGAGGAACGUGGUUUAUCUUUGCCCGAAUGCCUGAGUAUGUUGUUCCAAUUGAGUUUUUCCACAUUGGGUCGUGACUAUAGUUCGGAGGGUAUGAAUCCCAAAAUGUUGGCAUUUCUACAGCACUUGCGUGAGUUUGGUUUGGUAUUUCAACGUAAACGUAAAGAGGGAAGAUUUUAUCCCACCCGUUUGGCUUUGAAUGUCACCAAUAAGGCAGCCACCGUGCCGGCUGUGGUUUUGGAAGAUGAAAAAUCCCAGGAAAGUGGUUACAUUGUUGUGGAAACCAAUUAUCGUGUAUAUGCCUACACGGAUUCUCCGCUGCAGGUGGCAGUUUUGGGUUUAUUCACCGAGUUGCUGUAUCGUUUCCCCAACUUAGUGGUUGGUGUGCUGACCCGUGAUUCGGUGCGCCAGGCUCUACGUGGUGGCAUAACAGCAGAUCAAAUAAUCAGCUAUUUGGAACAAUAUUCCCAUCCGAAUAUGAAGUUAACCGAAUCGGCUAUCAAAUCAAAAUCUCCACUGCCACCCACAGUUGUGGAUCAAAUUAAGCUAUGGGAAUUGGAAAGAAAUCGUUUCACCUAUACCGAGGGAGUGGUGUACAAUCAAUUUCUGUCACAGGCUGAUUUUAUAACGCUGCGAGACUAUGCCCAGUCCAUUAAUGUGCUGGUAUGGCAGAAUGAACGCACACGCACCAUGGUGGUGACGAAAAAUGGCCACGAUGAUGUCAAACGAUUUUGGAAGAAAUUCUCCAAAAAUGCCAGUUGAGAGGAGAUACUGUUUUGAUUUUUUAAGUUUUUAAGCUUAGUUUGUAGUAAUAAAAGGUGAUCCCAUGGAAUCGCAAGGUAAAAAUCA